AUGAAAGGGAGCUAUCAGAAUGUAAAUGGGACAGUUGACGACUUCAGAAAUUGGAAAAGAGACCUGAAUGUCUUUAUUAAUGAAAGUGACUCUCAAAUGUUAGUUAACAAAAUGGAGGAGAGAAGGGAGUACAUUCCGGGGUUUUCGUUUGAAUACAUUCUUGAUGACAGUCAAUUGCACUCACUUUUCUGGGCUGAUGAGGUGGCGAGGGUCAACUAUGAGGAAUUCAGUGACAUUAUGUCUUUUGAUGCAACGUACCGAACAAACAGGUACAACAUGAUGUUCGUACCAUUCACUGGAAUUGACAACCAUGGUAAGUGUGUAACCUUUGCUGCUGGGCUGAUAAGAGAUGAAAAAGCAGAGACCUACACAUGGCUUUUAAACUGUUUCAUGAGGUCAUUCAAUAAAGAGCCAACGAUGGUGGUAACCGAUCAGGAUAAAUCGAUGGAAAUUGCAAUAAAGAAUGUGUUUAAGACGGCAAAGCAUAGGCUGUGCAUGUGGCACAUAACACAAAAGUUGCCAACAAAGGUUAAAGAGGCAAUUCUAAGUAUUGAAGAAGAAUCAGAAAGAGACUUUAAGAAGAGGUUUGACAAUAUAGUGUGGAAUAUGCACAUCGAGCCACAUGUUUUUGAGGAACAGUGGGAUAAACUGAUGAGUGAUUUCUCGUUGAAGAAUGAUACAUGGUUCAAGUACAUGUUCCAAGUUAGAUCAAAAUGGAUACCUGCUUACUUCACAGACACUCCAAUGUUCGGUCUGAUGAGAACAACCUCAAGGUCAGAAAGCGAAAAUGCUUUUUUUUCACAUUUCACAAGACAAGGAGCAAAUUUGGUACACUUUAUGAGUGGCUUUGAAUUUCCAAUGUUGAAGCAAAGGUCAACACAGAAGAAGUUGGAUGCUGAUGACAUCAAAAAAAGCCGAACAUUGUGCACCAAACUGAAUAUUGAAAAGCAUGCUUCAAAAAUAUACACAAAAACAAUUUUUGAGAUUGUUCAGAAAGAGAUAGAGGCUUCGCUGUAUGCAUGUUCAGUGGAUCAGAUGACUAUCGAGGGUGAUUGUAAAGUUUAUCUUAUUAACGAAAGAUUAGGGAAGAAUCCACUGGACACUGGAAAAAAUGUGAUACAAUACAAGGUACUUUAUAACCGGCAAGAUGGAUCGGUUAUGUGUACUUGUAGACACUACCUUCGUUACGGUCGCCUAUGCCGACAUUGUUUUGUGGGUCUGAACAACAAUAAUGUGGAAGAGAUACCUGCACAAUACAUAAUGAGGCGAUGGACGAAAGGAAUCAUACCACCAGAUUUGAGAUCGAGGAGAAACAGAUUCAACAAUGCAAAUAUGGGUACUCAAAAGCUGGUUACUGAUGUAACCUCGCUUGUUGAAGAUUGCUUGCAUCUACUUGUUAAUGAUGAAAAAAAGCUCACAGAAUUUCUGGAAAAAAUGAAAGACUUGAAGAAAAAAGUUGAGGAUGAAAUACCGAAACAACCCUCAAAGAAAAAAAAUGACGUUAUAGAAAAAAUGACGGGUGUUCCUAAGCCGAAUACAAAUAGAAUAAAAAACCCACCAGUUAGCUCAUACAAAGGGUGCUUCAGAGACAAACGUUUGAUGGGUGGAAAGAAAAGGGGAUUAUAG